AUGGCUUUGUUUGCGUACCGACCGUGCAGCGCCGUUUGGCGCCCGUUCCCCGUGGAGUGUGAGUUCCAGUGGCCGGCUUUCCCAACGGAGCGUCAAGUGACACGUGCUUUGCGCCAGAUGGAUCGUAUGCUCGGAUCUGCGUUCGAGGAAUGGCCUGUUGCGAACGAGAGCAUCCGAAAGGUAACCGAUGAGAAGGGCAGAUUUGCCGUCGAGUUGAAUGUCAGUGCGUUCCGCCCCGAAGAACUGGCGGUGAAAAUCCGUGAUCGAGAAGUGUCCAUUGAGGGACAUCAUGAAGAACGCAGCGACCAGCACGGGAGUGUCGAGCAACAUUUCGUCCAGAAAUUCUUGUUGCCUGGGAGCGCGCUGCCGGAAAGUGUGGAAUCAAGUCUCUCAGAUGACGGAAUUCUCAGUGUCACUGCUCAGAAGAAAUGCGCCGUCGAAGAGGUGCAGUCCAGAAACAUCCCCAUUCAGUCAAUUAAGAACUGA